ACAUUACAUUCAUUCAUAAUACAAUAAUUCAUUCUCUUCUCUUUCAAUUUCUUCUCUUACAGAUCAGUUAGGAAAGGCAACAAUGGUUUUAUCGAAGACAGCCUCCCAAUCCGACGUGUCGGUCCACUCGACUUUUGCUUCCCGAUAUGUCCGAGACUCCCUGCCCAGGUUCAAGAUGCCGGAGAGCUCGAUCCCAAAGGAGGCGGCGUAUCAGAUCAUAAACGACGAGCUGAUGUUGGACGGGAACCCGAGGCUGAACUUGGCCUCGUUUGUGACAACGUGGAUGGAGCCCGAGUGCGAUAAGCUCAUCAUGGCCGCCAUCAACAAAAACUACGUCGAUAUGGACGAGUACCCCGUCACAACCGAGUUACAAAACCGUUGUGUGAACAUGAUCGCACAUUUGUUCAAUGCGCCGCUAGGAGACGGCGAGGCGGCGGUCGGAGUUGGAACGGUGGGCUCGUCGGAGGCAAUAAUGCUUGCCGGACUGGCGUUCAAACGAAAAUGGCAAAACAAAAUGAAGGAACAAGGGAAACCUUAUGACAAACCUAACAUAGUCACCGGCGCUAAUGUCCAAGUAUGUUGGGAAAAAUUCGCACGCUACUUUGAAGUCGAGCUCAAGGAAGUAAAACUAAGAGACGGCUACUACGUGAUGGACCCCGAGAAGGCUGUGGAGAUGGUCGACGAGAACACUAUUUGCGUCGCCGCCAUCUUGGGGUCGACUCUCAAUGGAGAAUUCGAAGACGUCAAGCGCUUGAAUGAUCUCUUGCUGACAAAGAACAAGGAAACAGGGUGGGAUACACCGAUUCAUGUAGAUGCAGCAAGUGGAGGGUUUAUCGCGCCAUUUUUGUACCCGGAGCUAGAGUGGGAUUUCAGGCUACCGUGUGUGAAGAGUAUAAACGUAAGCGGGCACAAGUAUGGGCUAGUAUACGCGGGCAUCGGGUGGGUCAUUUGGAGGAACAAAGAAGAUUUACCCGAUGAGCUCGUCUUUCACAUUAACUAUCUAGGAGCAGAUCAACCAACUUUCACUCUCAACUUCUCUAAAGGUUCGAGUCAAGUUAUCGCUCAAUACUACCAACUCAUCCGUUUGGGCCACGAGGGCUAUCGAAGUAUAAUGGAGAACUGCCAAGAAAACGCAAUGGUACUAAAACAGGGGUUGGAGAAAACCGGACGUUUCAACAUCGUGUCCAAGGAUAACGGCGUUCCUCUAGUGGCAUUUAGUCUAAAGGAUAACAGUCAACACAACGAGUUUGAAAUCUCGGACAUGCUUAGGCGCUUCGGGUGGAUUGUCCCCGCAUACACCAUGCCACCGGAUGCACAACAUGUGACGGUGUUGCGUGUGGUUAUCCGCGAGGAUUUCUCAAGAACUCUUGCUGAGAGGCUCGUGAUUGACAUCGAGAAAGUAUUGCACGAGCUCGACUCGCUCCCAGCUAGGGUCACUGAGAAACUCACGGCCGGGUCGGCGGCAGUGGAGGAGAAUCACCAUGCGAUUGUGAAGAAGACUGCCAUUGAAGUGCAGAGAGAAAUCACUGCAGCCUGGAGGAAAAUGGUUGCUGAUAAAAAGAAAACCAAUGGUGUUUGUUGAAGCAAUAAUAUACAUCGAUCUCAUUAUAUAUUUUGCUUAUUAUUGGAAUUUAUAUACUUUUGAAUUUGUAUUCGGUAUCUUUGUGAUUCAAGAUUAACCAUCGCUGUUUUGAUGGUAACAUUUAUGGCCAAUCACGGCUUGAUAUUGCUAACAUUGCAUGAUAUGAGAUUUUUCUUUCUUUC